AUGGAUGGAAAGAUAUUGCCAACGGUGCCUGCCGGCCCUCCACCACCAGGUGUCCAUUCCAACUUCAUCGACCCGAUCAAUCGUGCGCCGAACUUGAUCGCUUGCAAUGUCAUUCUCCUUGUCGUGUCAACAGUGGUUGUGGGCGCGCGCAUUGUCUCCCGGACGCUUUUGACGGAUUGGCGGCUCGGCUGGGAUGAUUAUACCAUCAUUAUGGCCUUUGUCGGGACGGCGAUUUUCGGCUCUUUCGUGAUCGAGACCACGCACUUUGGACUAGGAAAGCAUAUAUGGGAUGUGCCCAUGAAAACGUACACUCCUCAGUACCUCUGGUGGAUCAUGGCCACCUUUGCCGCCUGCCCAGCAUCCUACUACUUUGUCAAGAUAUCCAUCCUCCUCUUCUACCUUCGAGUUUUCCAGCUGCAAGCGAAGCUGCGAUACAUUAUCUACGCCCUCAUGGUCUACUGCACCAUCUACUAUUGGGUCGCCUUCUCCACCGUCAUCGGCCUCUGCAACGUCCGGAACCGACAAUGGGACCUCACGGUGACAAUGAACUGUUUCGCCUACGGCAAGCUUACCUUCGCGAUCGGAGGCCUUGAUCUCGUUGCCGAUGCCAUCAUCCUCGGCUUUCCCAUCCCCAUGGUGGUGAAGCUGCGCAUCUCGUGGGCACAGAGGACAUACUUGCUGUUCGUCUUCUUAGCUGGUUUGAUUGCCUCGAUAGCCUGUGCAAUCCGGGUAGCUUUCGCCGUCCAAUCACGAGGAACGACCGAUGCCACCUUCGCCCAAUACCGCGUCGUGACCUUGUUCUGCAUCGAGCACUACUUCGCCCUAAUCGCCGCCUGCAUGCCAACGCUCGGCCCAUUCUUCAAAUGGCUCCGACCCAACCACUGGAAACACGUCGCCAUCGGACCCCAGUCGAUAGGACACGGCCGCUAUGGGGACCCGGAAGCCUUUGAGCGCGUGUGGCCGCGACCCAGCAAGACACCUUCGGAUGACACGCUGCUUGGCCGCUCAUCUGUGGCGCCGGAGGCGGAGCAGAAUGACCCGACGUUUUCGUACAGCGUGCAGGCGCAUCAGGGCCGGGAUCAGACGCCGCAGUAUAUGGAACGGGUGUGGGUGAAGUCGGAUGCGCAUGGGAGUAGGAAGGGGGAUCUGAAGAACGAGAUGGAGCUGCAAGCGAGGGACACGGGAUCACAGUCGUCGUAG